UUAUUGAUUAAAUUAUAACAUUUGUCUUGAUCACUAAGGUUCUGCCUCUUGCUAUGGAUCCGAGACUUCAACAAGCUGCUAAAUCUGGAAGCAUUGAUGAGUUGUAUGCUCUUAUUGAUGAGAAUCCAUACAUACUUGAGAACAUCGAUGCGGUACCAUUCAUCAACACUCCCCUCCAUGUAGCUGCAGCUUCCGGUAACAUAGAGUUUGCCAUGGAGAUGCUGAAUCUUAAGCCAUCUUUAGCUAGAAAGCUGAACACAAGCGGGUACAGUCCAUUGCAUCUCGCUGUAGAGACGGGUCAUACAGAUUUUGUUUCCUGGAUGCUCAAGCAUGAUCACAGCCUUGCUUGCCUCAACGGGAGAAAUGGCAUGAUCCCAUUCCACUUAGUAGUGGUAAGAGGAAACGUGGAUCUCGUGGCAGAGUGCCUCCUUGUUUCCCCUGAAUGUAUCCGAGAUGUGAGUGUGAAUGGCCGGAAUGCUCUGCACCUUGCUGUGGUGAAUGAUAGAUAUGAAGUUCUCCAAGUCCUCACUGGAUGGAUCAAGAGAACGAUGCAAAGAAACGCUUUCAAGAACGAGUUCUGUUUUCUUAAUAAAGAAGAUUUCAGCUACAACACAGCCUUGCACCUUGCAGCACAGAAGAAUGAUCUUCAGGCGGUAAGAUUAUUACUAGAAUGUCAGCAUGUGGAGCGGAAUAAAGUCAAUGGUGAUGGUUUAACAUUCCUUGAUAUCUUAAGAAACCUGGAGAACUCAGGUGACUGGGACUUGGAUUUGGAACAAGUUAUUAUAAAGACCCGGUGUAAAGAGGCUGCUUCUAUGCCAAAACCCAAGUCACAAUCUCAUUUUUUGAAAUCGCCAUUUACUUUCUGGACAUUCUAUUCCACUGGUAUGAAACGCCUAAGGUCUAACAGUUCAGAAGAAGUUCGUGGACCUUUCCUGAUUGUAUUCACUUUGAUAAUAACAGUUACAUAUCAGACUGGCCUCCAACCUCCUGGAGGUGAUCACUCAUCCAAGGAUCCGACAAAACAGGCAUUCUUCGUCCUUCUUUGGCUUUCCAACACCUUAGGCUUCUACUGCUCUCUAUUCUACACUUUUUCUUUCUUACCACUCAGGGGUCUGUUUACGUCAUGGUACAUUUCAAUAGGGAUCUUGCUGGGAGUUUCUUAUGCAUUAGCAGUGGCGGCAAACUCACCAGAUCCUGUGUUCUUUCUCAUGAUGACCUUUGUCAUCUUCCUGCUUUAUGUUCUCUAUCUCAUUUUGCUUGCUGUUGUUGGGCGGCGGAAGAAUCUGACGGUGGUACCUGAGCCCCAUUUAAGCUGGUUUAGAAAACCUUGAAAAUGAAUGAUUUGAUACCACAUCACUGUAUGGAGAGGAGAGGACAUUUGAACUUUCUGGA